UACAUGGAACGGCAAGCCCACUGGUGAAUUUCGUAUUUCUGUUUGUAAAGAUGUUAUUGAAACUCAUAAAGCCUCAUUGCUAAGUUUGCAAGUACAUUGAAUAUACAUUAUUUCAAGGAGAUGGAGCAAAAGUAAUGUUUUGACAUUUCUAGUUUACUUUCGUUUAAUAUGUGCGAGACUUUGUUGUUACGUGCAGAACAGAAGAGGCCGCUUGUGGCCAGAGUGUGGCAGUCUACGACAGGGCUUCAGUCACUCCCUUUUACACAAUGACGCUUUCGAGAAUAAAGCAGGCAUUUCCAGACACUACUCGCUAACCGUGGACGUGGAUGGCUGUUGUCCAUCUUCUUCGUCUUUAAACUGGAUUUACACGGAGUUUUUUAUUUAUUGGAUUUAUGAGAUUCGUGGAAUUUUUAUUUAAAACGAUGACGCUGCAACGAGUCCUGCUGUUGUUCGUAGUGGUUCUUUCUUCACCCUCCGUGUUUGGACAAGUCAGCUACUCGAUCCCGGAGGAAAUGGAGAAAGGCUCUUUAGUGUCAAACGUGGCUCAAGAUUUAGGUUUGGACCUGAAAAGGUUGAAAUCCGGUCGAGCUCGCAUUCAUUCUGGGGACAGUGCGGAAUAUAUCGCGCUGGAUAAAGAAAGAGGGCUCCUCCUUGUGCAGGAGAGGAUAGACAGAGAGACGCUGUGCGGUGAGACGACGCUCUGUGCUUUGCAUUUGCAGUUGAUUUUGGAAAAUCCCAUGGAAAUGUUUCGCAUCACUAUUGAAAUCACAGACAUAAACGACAAUGCACCUAGCUUUGAAUCCAGCCGCAAACGUUUUGAAAUCAGCGAGUCGGCCAUCAUCGGCUCUAAAUUUGUGCUGGAGAAAGCCAUUGACGCUGAUAUCGGUGCAAAUGGGCUGCAAAGCUACUCGCUCAGUCCAACCAAUAAUUUUCAGCUAAAAUUAGAAAAUCAAGCAGACGGGCGUAAAAAGGUGGAGAUGAUAUUACAGAAGUCUCUGGAUCGAGAGCAACAGGAAAAAAAUGUUUUGUUAUUAACAGCCUUUGACGGCGGACAACCGCGCAGUUCAGGAACAAUGCAGAUUAUUGUUCAUGUAUUAGAUGCAAAUGAUAACGCCCCUGUGUUUACGAAGACUUUAUACAAGGCAACUAUUAGUGAAAAUGCACCUAAAGGUACCAGUGUUAUAAAUGUUAGCGCUUCAGACAAGGACAGUGGCCCAAAUGGACAAAUAUCUUAUGUAAUAUCAAAAAACAAGCUCAGAUUAUCAGAUCUUUUUGAGCUCAAUAGUAUAACUGGAGUAGUUAAGUUAACUGGUGACAUUGAUUAUGAGAGAGCAAAAGUAUUAGAAAUAGACAUUGAAGCUGUAGAUAAUGGAGGACUGUCUGACUCAAGUAAGAUUCUGAUUGAUGUCAUUGAUGUAAAUGACAACAGUCCUCAUAUAAAAAUACUCUCCAAGUCAGAUUCCAUCUCAGAGGACUCUGCAGAGAAUACUGUUGUCACUAUGUUAAGUGUUAGUGAUCCUGACUCUGGCAGCAAUGGAGAUGUCAGAUGUCACAUUAAUAAUGACAUUCCAUUUAAAAUAAAAAGCACACUGAAUGGAUUUUAUAGUUUAGUAACAGAGUUAGCCUUGGAUAGAGAAUCUGCAUCUGAGUAUAAUAUCACAGUGACGUGCUCGGAUGAUGGACUGCCCUCCCUCUCCAGUAGCAUCACUCUCAGUUUACACAUCUCAGAUGUGAAUGACAACCCACCUGUCUUUGAGAGGUCCUCAUAUGAUGCCUUCAUUGUAGAAAACAACAAACCAGGUCUAUCUGUAUUCACAGUAAAUGCCCAUGACGCUGACUGGAACCAGAAUGCUCGUCUUUCUUACAUCCUGGAGGACUCCUCAGUUAACGGAGUCCCAGUCUCCUCAUACGUGUCUGUUAGUGCUGAGAGUGGAGUCAUCCACGCCGUGCGCUCUUUUGACUAUGAGCAACUAAAAGAGUUCCACUUCCUUGUCAGAGCACAGGAUGGAGGCUCCCCUCCUCUUAGUAGCAAUGUGAGCAUUCGCAUCCUGAUCCAGGACCAGAACGACAAUGCCCCUCAAGUGCUGUACCCGGUGCAGACGGGCGGCGCGCUGCUGGCCGAAAUGGUGCCUCGUUCGGCAGACGUGGGCUAUCUGGUGACCAAAGUGGUGGCCGUGGACGUGGACUCUGGCCAGAACGCCUGGCUCUCCUAUCAAGUGCACAAAGCCACAGACAGGGCGCUGUUUGAAGUGGGCCUCCACAAUGGGGAAAUCCGAACAGUCCGCCAAGUGACUGAUAAAGAUGCUGUCAAACAAAGACUGACUGUUGUGGUGGAGGACAACGGGCAGCCCUCUCGUUCAGCCACAGUCAUUGUGAACGUGGCGGUGGCCGACAGCUUCCCUGAGGUGCUCUCAGAGUUCACAGACUUGAGUAUGCACGACAAGGAGUACAAUGACAAGCUGACUUUUUACUUAGUCUUGGCGCUGGCUGUGGUCUCCUUUCUCUUCAUCACCUGCUUGCUGCUCAUCAUAGCAGUCAAAGUGUACAGGUGGAAACGAUCUCGCGUCCUGUACCACUCCAACCUGCCCGUCAUCCCGUACUAUCCACCUCGGUACUCGGAUACUUUGGGGACUGGAACCCUCCCGCACGUGUACAAUUAUGAGGUGUGCAGGACCACUGACUCCAGAAAAAGUGACUGUAAAAUGGACAGAACUGCAAGUCACAACGUGCUAGCAAUGGAUCCCCACUUUGCAGCGACGAUGCAGAAGAUGCGCAGUGAAAAGAGCAUCCUGGACGAACCUGAUUCUCCUUUAGAGCAAAAGCCACCCAACACUGACUGGCGUUUUAACCAGGGAGCAAGACCAGGACCCAGCGGGGUUGCCGGAGGACCUGAGGUUGCCAUGGGAACCGGACCCUGGCCCCAACCCCCAACUGAAGCUGAGCAGCUCCAGGCCCUGAUGGCUGCGGCUAAUGUGAGCGAGGCGAGCGGUACCCUCGGACCCGGCACGAUGGGCCUGAGCACCCGUUACAGCCCCCAGUUCACUCUCCAGCACGUGCCCGACUACCGGCAGAAUGUGUACAUCCCCGGCAGCACGGCCACGCUCACCUCCAACCCCCAGCAGCAGCAGCAGCAGCAGCAGGCCAUGGCCCAGCAGGCCAGCCAGCAGGCUCUACCCCCGCCCCAGUCCGGCCAGCCCGAGCCCCCGAAAGCCGCCCAGACCCCCGCCUCCAAGAAGAAGUCCACCAAGAAGGAGAAGAAGUAGAAUGGGAGGAGGAGGAUUGCUCCAUCGGGUCUGACGAGAGCUGAAACCCCCCACACCCCACCAUGAAGUAUCGCACGAUGAACUCUUCUGACGGUUGUUUGGAAGUGUCCUGAAGGCCUUCAGGAGUCUGAACAUGCCGAAUGCUUCUGCAUGUAAUCAGUCGAUAUUUGUUGGCUGGGUAUGGGGGGUUAUUGUGAUUUCUUAUCCUUUCCUUCUCUUUUCUUUCGACUAAGACAAGAAACCUCCCAAGGUUGACAAGUGAUGUAUUCAGAGAAAUGUUUUUGUCUCUCAUGUUGGAUUUAUUGUGCUCUUUCCCUCACGCGGAAAGUCAGCUGUUGUGAGUACGCUAGUCGCCAUGAUAUUUCGAUGUAGGCUCGGCCUUUGCAGGAUCUUCAAGCAUACCUUUUGCGGAGAUAAGGCUGCUCUUUUACCGCUAUUACAAACUUGUCUGCAUGCUCUUUAAAGGUUCAAACCACAAUGUUCUAGUUUAGAUUUGCUAACUAUGCAUCGCAAAAGCAAAAGAGGAGGAUGACACGCCCCUCCCCCACUCCCCUGCCAAAUCGUUGGUAAACAGAAUGCACAUGUAGCAUUUACCUGGCUAAAAAUGACUUUUGUAACCAUAGUUUCAAAAAGUAAGACAUUAACUUCCUGUAAUGACCUGAGCAUGUAUCCACAAUGUGAGGUGUCCGGCUGGCCCCUCCCCCAACCCAACCAGUCACUGGCCUACAUUGAGAGCCCUGAAGUUUUGCACUGACGUAGGGUGUAAAUCACAUUCAGAUGAAGUAUUUGCUACCGCUGUUGACAUUAUUUUGCAUGCUGCAAUGGAAAAAUUGUACGCCUAAGCUAUGAAGUCCGUCUGGUCAGCGGGAAUGAUUGGGGGUUCUGGUGACUGCUACCAAAUCCUUGUUCCAUUGGCUUAACAGGGUGGGCAACCUGGACUCCAACCGCUGAAUGUACAGAUGACCUACCGUUGCCCCACCCGCCACUAGCUCAAAUACACUGGCCCAGACUAGGGUCAAGGGUUCAGCGAGACGAUACCACUCAUCAUACUCGUCCUUCGCCACUAUCAAAAAAUCCUCUCCCGCCCCCAUCCGCUCACUUGUAAAUAAACACAAGUUCUGUUGAUGGUAUGAGCCAGGUGUUUGUGUUGUAGGGACCCCCGCCGUCCAACCUUUUCCAAAAUCAAGUCCUUCUCCACAAAAGCGUGGCUCACUACUGGAAUGUGUUGCGUUUUGUUUUCCAAGAAAAUUAAGAAAACCACAGAUUGAAAAAAAAAAAAAAAAAAAAAUUAUAAAGGAAAAUUUGAGAUGUUCAACAGUUUGUGUUGCAAUGUAGUAACUAAGCACCAUGCCAACUAACUCUUCAGUGUAAAUAAAACAAAAGAUAACUUUAGAUAAGUGACACACGUAGACUAGUUAACUUGUGAUAUGUGUUGCGCAUAUUUUUGUGUUCAUUUUCUCUUCGAUCUUUUAUCACCCUGUAAAGAAACAACAAAAAAUAUGAAUAUGUUUCUAUCCUUCUGUAACCUCUCAAUGUUCUUUUUGCGGUGAUUUGAUCUCGUGCAUUCUCUUUCUGUCCAUAUGAACAAAUGACUAUAAAUAUUAUAUAUGUGUAUGUUCGUCCGCUGCUGAAUUAAUACUACUCUACCCUGCUGUAUUAUCUUUCUUAUCAAAUGCUUAGCCCCUCCCUCCCCACGCUUUAUCCCUGUGUUACUCUUAUUUUUAUGCUAAUAUUUAUAUUGCUGUUUUAUUUUCUCUUGAACACUGACAUUUCAAAUAAAAAGAUUAUGAAAUCA